GAAGAAGUCACAAGAAGAAGAACACCAGCAAAACACGGAACUAAGGCAGGUUUGCUAGAUAUCGAUUCGUGCUCAUCUCUUGAAAUUGUUUCCCACAGGCACACGAUUUCGCCCGUGUGCUUCCAGCGCUCUGUUUCACGGUGCAAUGUUUAGCGGGUCCUAUCAGCCUCUGCCGCAAAGAGACUCCACCACCCCGAGGACUCCUGGCCUGUUUGUGGACUCUGACAGCUUUAAGGUUUCCAGCUUCCACAAGGGGCUUUCAUUUGACUACAUCCCAAAUGUGUCUGCUAACGACUUCACUGAUGCCUCCCAAGGAUGGCUGUCCUGGAUUUGUAACUUGAUCGUUAUUUUCUUGGUUUACAUCUGCACAUUUAUAAGCUUUCCAGUGUCCGGAUGGUUUGUACUGAAGACAGUGCCGAACUACGAGAGGAUAGUAGUUUUUCGUUUGGGUCGGGUCUGUCCUCCAAAGGGUCCUGGUAUCGUCCUCGUGCUGCCCCUCAUUGACCAGUGGCAGAGAGUCGACCUCCGCACCCGCGCUUUCAACAUCCCCCCUUGCCAGGUAACCACUCAGGAUGAUGGCAUGUUGUUGGUGGGAGCAGACAUCCAGUUUAGGAUCUGGAACCCGGUCAUGUCAGUGGUGUCGGUCCAGGACCUGAAUGCCUCCACCAGGAUGACUGCUCAGAACGCGUUGACCCACAGCCUGGCCAAGAAGACUGUCAGGGCAAUCCAAACUGAGAGAGUGAAACUUGGGGAAUACCUCGGGAUGGACAUUAAUGAGAUGACCCGUCCCUGGGGGCUUGAGGUGGAUAGGAUAGAACUUACCCUUGGUUCUCUCCUGAAAGCCCCAGAAGGGGACCAUGCUUCGCCUCUCAUUAUGCCUCCUUCUGUGCCUGGACUUGAAGGCCUCACUGGCUCCAUUCAGCAGUUGGCCAUGCAUUUUCUGAACCCCAGUGGCAUUUCACAGACCCACCAGAAGGACAACAUAACAUUUACAGAUGAGUUCAGCAGAGGCUCCGACUCUGUCGUCACUCCUCCAGGUUCUAUUGAGGAGCUGCUAAGAGGAGUCCAGAUGCUGCUCUCUGAGUCUUUGGUCAGUCAGGUCGGAGCCUGUUUCCAGUUUGAAGUCAGCUCAGCAGCUGGACAGCAUGACAGAUACUAUGUGGAUCUGAGCCAAGGUAGCGGAGAAGCUGGAUCGGGAUCCUCGUGUCGAGAGCCAGAUGUGACCCUCAGCAUGAGUGACUGUGACCUCCUGGCCAUGUUCCAGGGUGAGCUGCAGCCACUUGCUGCUUACACCAGCGGCAGACUGAAAAUCGAGGGCGACAUCCAGACAGCCAUGAAGCUGCAAGAACUCAUAAAGCUAAUGAAAAAAGGCCACGCAUAGUCAGUUUGCAUUUCCAGUGAAUGAAUCUCUCAUUUUGACUGCACAUUUUAUUGUUGAUAUACUGUAUAUAUAAUAAAUGCAGUUGUAUUUAAACUUUAAUUUGUGUCAUGGCCUUUUCUUGAGAAAAAAUACAUCUAAGUAAAUAUCUGUUUACAAACCUGCCGCAGC